CAGCGAGUCGGCGUACCGUGGUUGGGAUGGACUUGUGGGACCUGCAGGUACUGUCGAGAAGGACAGGAAAACCUCUGCGAAAAUGCCCGAUUUACCGGUUAUCACCUGAACGGUGGAUUUGCGGACUACUGUGUAGUCGAUGCACGUUUCUGUUUCCCGCUGAAUCAGAAUUCCGGUUUGAGCGAUUUGAAUUUGGCUCCGCUGCUGUGUGCAGGGCUGAUCGGUUAUCGCGCAUUUCGUAUGGCCGUGAAUACCAAUGGAACUGACAGUACCCAAACAAUCGGAUUUUAUGGUUUCGGUUCCGCAGCACGCAUUCUGCUACAGCUCGUACGGCAUGAAAACUGCGAUGUCUAUGCAAUAACCAGGACUGGUGAUGUCGAAAGGCAGAAAGUUGCCCGUAGGCUCGGAGCGAUUUGGGCGGGAGGAUCGGAUGAGGAUAUGCCGGCGGUGCUCGACGCAGCCAUCAUCUUUGCACCAACAGGUCCACUUGUGCCGAUCGCCUUGAAAGCAGUCAGAAAGGGUGGCAGUGUAAUCUGUGCAGGAAUUCACAUGAGUGAUAUUCCGUCAUUUCCUUAUGAGUAUCUUUGGGGAGAACGCAUAAUUCGGUCAGUAGCGAAUCUGACGCGAAAGGAUGGUGAGGAGUUUCUGAAACGCGCCGCUGAAAUACCCAUUAAACCAACGGUUGUAUCUUAUCUGUUGAAGGACAUAAACGCCGCCCUGGAUGAUCUCAGGCGUGGCCGCAUAGACGGCACAGGUGUGAUUGAUUUGCAAGCAGAUUAA